AGCGCUCACUUCUCCUCCCUCCUAUCAGGUGUGGAAGGAGGAGUGACGUCACAAACCUGCUCAGGUUUGUUGAUUCCGCUCAACUUCUGUGAGGAAAUAUUCUACUUUAUCGUAUUAUUGUUGUUGUUAUUAUUAUUAUUAUUAUUAUGGAUAAACUCAAAUCUGUUUUGAGCGGCGAGGAAACGCGAAGAGAGGACAGAACAGUCCUCGAAACUGUGAAUGAAGCUUCCACACUUGGAUGGGGAACACGAGUCAAAGGAUUCAUCGCCUGCUUCGUCAUCGGGGGAGUGUGUGCUAUUCUGGGAGUGUGUCUGCUCUUCAUCCCCAGGAUCGGCAUCAUCCUCUUCAUCGUCUUUUACACCUUUGGCAACAUUUGCGCUCUGUGCAGCACCAUGUUCCUGAUGGGCCCCGUGAAGCAGCUGAAGAGGAUGUGUGACAAGACAAGAGCGCUGGCCACCGCCAUCAUGAUAACUUGUCUGGUGUUGACGCUCUGUGCUGCCUUCUGGUGGAAAAACUUUGGUCUGGCUUUGCUGUUUGUCAUCUUGCAAGUGCUGUCAUUUACUUGGUACAGCCUUUCCUACAUCCCAUUUGUCAGGGAUGCCAUAUUGAAGCUGGUGGCCAUGUGCAUGAAGUGAUGACCACUCAGGCUGCAUGAACACUUGUCCUUGUUGGAGAUUGUGUCACUCAACCUGCCGCAUCGUGUAUAUUUUAUUAUUAUUCGCACUGCUGUAUUUUUAUGAAUGUAUGCCAUUGUUUUCAUUCAGAAGGCUUUUUUAAUUUAAAUGUUUCUGAUAAACGUGCAGUACUUGAAGUAUUUUAUUCACCGAUUAAUAAAUACAA